AUGCACCAGCCAAGUCGGCAGCAGCAGCAGCAGCAGCAGCAGCAGCAGCAGCAGCAGCAUGUGUUCUGUCUGUCGCAGGAGCAAGCCGUGCAGCCAGACAGCACCCCUUCACAAAAGCAGCAGCAGCCCCACCGCCAGCCCACUCAGCAGCAGCCGACGGCCCCGCAGCGCUCGCGGCCCGCGGCGCCGGUCCUGUCAGGCCCCAGCGGCCGCCGCGCCGGCGCGGCGCCGGCCCCGCGCCCGGCCACGGCCGCCAGCGCGCCGGCGGCGGCUGCCCCUGUGCACGCGGCACCUGUGGCGGCGCGGCCGGCGCUCAUUCCUGUGCAGCUGGCUGACGGCAGCCAGGGCCUGUUGGUGCCAGUGGGAGACGGCACCAUGAAGCUGAUCACCCUGGCAGACUUCCAGGCCCUCGCACGCACCGCCCGCCCCGGCGACAGCUGCGGCGGCGGCGACAGCGGCGGCGGCGGCAGCCCCUCAGGCUUGGCGACUGGCCUUGACAUCGCCGCAGCGGCGAGCGCCGGGCGCCGCUAUGCGGCGCCGCGAAAUCGGCGCGCGUGCACCACUAGUGGAUGGGACGAAGGGGCGCGGCCGCCGCCGCAGCCGCAAGAGGAGGACGCCGGGUCGGACGAGCCCGAGGCAGAGGCAGCUGCCGCGCAGCUGCGAUUGCAGGCGCGCGGGGCGGGGAGCGGCUUUGACCGUCCAGGCAUUGAGUGGGUCGGCGCCGGCGGGGCGCCAGCAGAUACGGAGGAGGAGGAACAGGAGGAGGAGGAGGAGGAGGAGGAGGCGGCCAGGGAGGGAAGCGGGCGUGAGGGCAAAAGAGGAGGAGCGGGCGUGGCACGUGCGGCCCCCGCCGGCUCUGCGGGCGUCGCGGAAAUUGAGCAGUUGGCGGUUGAGGCGCUGCUGCGGGAGCCUUCCGUCUUUGUCGGGGGCCAGACUGUGCAGGGCCACUGGCACGGCAGCACAGGCGCGUGGGACACGCUCACUGUGCCGACGCCCUGCAAGCCGGGAGCGCCGGGCAGCAGCAGCGUCUUCAACCCGGCAGUUGCGUUGCAGCAGCGGCUGCGUGGCCAGCGGCACGAGCAGCAGCUGCCUCCCCAGCAGCAGCAGCAGCAGCAGCAGCAGCAGCUGGUUCUGCAGCACGCGAGGGGCGCUGAUGAGGACUGGGCGCUGCGGCCGCCGGGGCUAGCGCUCCUGACGCCGCGCAAGCCGGGGCAGCCAGACGCUGCGUGGCCCAGACAGGCGGCCGCUUCUGGGCGCGGCAGCCUGGCGGUGCAAUGUGGAUACCAGCAGCAGCAGCAGCAGCAGCAGCAGCAGCAGGAGCUGCAGCGGGGCCAGCAGGAGCAGGAGCAGGAGCAGCAGGAGCUGCAACUGGAACAGCAGCAUGAUCUUGUGGUGCAGAUGGCCUCAGGAGACAAGCGGCAGGCAGCUGCACCGACGCGGCCGGCGGCGCCGCAGGCGCCGCCCGCUGUGCGUAGCGGCGCCGCCGAGCCGCAGCCUCAGCAGCAAGAACAGCAGCAGCGGCACACACAGCAGGGCCACCCGCAGCCUUGGGGGCUGGAGGACGACAAGCUGUUCAGCCCCCUCGGGUGCUCACGCGCCGCGCUGGCCGUCGCGGGCGGCCCUGGCGAUGCGCUCAUGGGGGGCGUGUUCUCGCCGGGCGCGAUUCUCACGGCGGCAGACCUAGAGGCGCUGCUGCAGUCUCCGCCGCCAGCGCUGGCUGGCGCGCCGCGCGGCUCGACGCCGGGGCGCGGCGUGGCGCACCUGCAGCAGCGGGACCAGCAGCAGCAGCAGCAGCAGCAGCAGCAGCAGCAGCAGCAGCAGGACCUACUGACUGAUCUUGACUUUGGGGACGCCGAGACGGUGCUUGAGGCGGCAGGCUGCGACGGCGCUGAGCUGGCGUUUCUGCUGGGGGGCGGCGGCAAUAGCCACAGCUGGCUGUUCUCCCCGCCGAAGCUUCGAGACGGCGCCGGGAGCGGCGGCCGCGGCGGGAGCCCGGCCGCUCCACGCGCGCCGACGGCGCUGGUGCGUGGGGCGGGUGGAGGAGUUGGUGGGUUCGACGCCAGCCGGCCGUUUGCCGCACUCUUUGGAGGGACAGGCGAGGAGGUCGAGGCCGGCGCGAGGCGAUGA